CACUGCACAAGAAAAUCAAAACGAAGCAAAAAUGGAAUAUUCCUCCAAACUAAUUAUUUUCAUCUUCCAAUUAACCCUAAUCAUCUUUGCCACAUCAUCAUCUACCGCCGCCGCAGCCAACAACAACUCCAACCUCUUCCGCGAAUACAUCGGAGCGGAAUUCAACGGCGUCAAAUUCUCCGACCUCCCGAUAAACCAAAAUGUCGAUUUCCACUUCAUCCUCUCAUUCGCCAUCGACUACACCACCACCACCUCCACUCCGACAAACGGCAACUUCAACGUAUUCUGGGACACAGACAACCUCACCCCAUCACAAGUCUCCGCCAUCAAAUCCCGAAACCCUAACGUCAAAGUUGCACUCAGCCUAGGCGGCGACACGGCGGCCGACGGUCACCCGGCCUACUUCAACCCUACCUCCGUCGAAUCCUGGCUCCCCAACGCCGUCGCCUCCCUAACAAAAAUCAUCCAAUCCUACAACCUCGACGGGAUCGACAUCGACUACGAGCACUUCAAAUCGACCCCCGAAGUUUUCGCGGAGUGCAUUGGGAGGCUGGUCUCGACGCUGAAGAACAACGGGGUGAUUUCUUUCGCCUCGAUAGCUCCGUUCGACGACGAACAAGUUCAGAGCCACUACACGGCGCUGUGGAGAAGCUACGGGCGCGUGAUCGACUACGUGAAUUUCCAGUUCUACGCUUACGAUGAAGGGAUUAGUGUCGAGAAAUUCUUGGGGUAUUUUGCGGAGCAGAGUUUGAAUUACGGUGGAGGGAAGGUGUUGGUUAGUUUUAUCAGCGAUGGGAGUGGGGGUUUGGGCCCCCGUGACGGAUUCUUCACGGCGUGUAGUAGGUUGAAGAGUGAGGGGAAUCUUCAUGGAAUCUUUGUUUGGUCGGCGGAUGAUUCUUUGGGGUUAGGGUUUAAGUACGAGAAGAUGUCUCAGUCUCUGCUUGCGAUAUCUCACUAG